GGUUGUAAAGAAGAUGGCCACCUCUUUGACUGACAGCUCAUCAUUUGAGGACGUCACUGCAUGUUCUAUAUGCUUUGAGAAAUUUAAAACACCUCGAUAUCUACCAUGUUCCCAUUCCUUUUGUCAUGACUGUUUAUCGUCACAUAUUGUAAGUGUGUGUAAGUCUUCGGAACCACGCUUGGGUUUUAAUUGUCCAUCAUGCCGAGAAUACAUUCCUGUUGUCGGUCCCUUUGAUAAGCCAGAGGAAUGGUCUGAAACUUUCCCUGUGAACGAAAUACUGGAGAAAAUUCUUGGAAGCCCAAACCAAAAACUGUGUGAUUCUUGCUUGAGAGAUAGCGAGGAGGAAGACGCAUCUGACUUCUGUUUAUCUUGUAUAGAAUUCUUAUGCAAAGUCUGUUCAAGGUGUCACAAAAAGCAUUUGUUGUCAAGAAGCCACAAUGUCUGCCCUUUGAAUGAUAUAAAAUUGCAACACAUACAGUCAGCAUUUGGAAAAGAAGACAUUUGUAAAAAGCAUCCAGACCAUAAGCUGAAUCUAUACUGUUUCAAACAUGAACAGCCUUGCUGUAUUAUCUGUGGUGGUACGGAGCAUAGACAAUGUGAUUCUGUUGAGGCUGUCGAAAAAGCUGAAGAAACCUAUAGAGCAUGUGGAAAAAUUGAUAGCAUGUUAGAAGAUAUGAGAAGCCUUAGACAGAAACUGAUAAAUGCAAAGGUCGAACAAGAAAGAAAUAUUACAGAACUAGAAGACACCUUAGAUAAAGUAACAGAAGAGACUGAAAAAGAAUUAAACGACAUUAUACAUCUCAUUGAAAGAUUAAAAACAGAGCAUUUAGAUGAGUUUUCUGCUGCUGUCAAGAAAGGCAAAGAAAUGCUAACCAGAAAUGUGGCCAUUUUCAGUGAUGGGAUCCAGUGUGCUGAGUUUUGUUUUGAUAUCCUUGAAAAAGCCAAGGAAAAACAAAAUGAAUCAACCUUAAUGAUAAAAUAUUAUGCAGCAAAGCAGACUUUUGAGCAGUUGCAAACUGUUAGAUUUAGGACAAGAGGAACACAGAUAAUGGCUAAAAGAGAACCUAUUUUAGAAGAAAUAGCAAAAAUGAAGAGAAUAGCAAGUGUUGAGGUCACUGAAUUGGUUCUUGAUAUUCCAAAUGUUAUCUUUGAUGUAAGCAGUGUGCAACUAAAUCCAAUUAUUGAAUUUAGUAUAGAUGGAGGGGAUGUAAGAGGUGGGACUUUUCUAUCAAACAAAACAUUUAUAUUUUCUGAUGUAGGGAAAGGUAGAAUUUGCUAUGGAGAUCUGCACAAAAAGGAAUGGAAAAUUAUUAGAAACACUGAAAUAUUACAUAAUCCUCAUGACAUUUUGCUAAAGGGAUAUGAAAUAUUUGUCGCUGACUCAAAAUCUAUUAAUGUGUUUUCUGUAUUUGAUUACAAAAAACUGAGAACCUUAAACCUUGAUUUGAAAACGGUUGGGAUAUCAAACUGGAAAGACGAUUUUUACGUGGCCUGUGGGAACAAGAUUGUUAAAAUUGAUAACACUGGUAACAAAAUAAAGGAAUUUAACACACCAGGCUCACAUACUUUUAAUGUUCUUUGUACAAAGUCUGGAAAUAUUGUGUACUCUGACUGGAAGAUUAACAAAGUUAGUGCCAUAACUGACCAAUGGGAAGCUGUUUGGGAUUAUUCAAGUCCCAAUCUAAAAUGUCCAUAUGGACUGGAUAGCGAUUCACAAGGAAACAUAUAUGUUUCUGGUUUCCAUAGUCAUAAUAUCCAUGUGAUAUCAAAUUCUGGUGCACUGAUUAGGAUUUUUCAAAAUCUCAAUUGUCCUUUAUUUUUGAAAAUUGCCAAGGAAAGAAAUUUGUGUUGCGUAUGUAGCAGUUACAAAACCCUGACUUUUUAUGAAAUGAAAUGACAAGCUUACUUGAGCAUGUUGAGAUAUGGACAUGCACCC